GGUGGCUACCAGAAAGGACUGAAACUCCAUAUGCUGCCUGGAUAUCAAAAAAUAAAAGGAUUUACUAUUUAACAUGGAUGAUAUUUGAACAGGUGGCUUCACGUUUGGGAUUUACUACAUUUGAUUGGAAUUUUAAGCUGCUCGAGGAGUCAUGGAAGGUCUUCAAGCAACGAGGGAGUGACAUGCCUUUGAUGGAAAUUUCUGCUGAGUGAUAGCGAUCCAGCAUGUAGCAGAGUCCUGUCACACCUGGGAACAGUCUGACUGCAUAAUGGGGAAUUCAUACGCAGGGCAGUUGAAGUCUGCCCGAUUUGAGGAGGCUCUCCACAACUCGAUUGAGGCGUCCCUGCGCUCGAGCAGCGGGGAUCCACAGCCCAUCUUCACACAGCUGUACUUAGAGCCUGAGCCAUAUCCUGGUAACAUGGAAGUUGAUAUGAAGUCGAAAGCUGGCGUAGCACUCCAUGGCAGGGAGCACCUAGGGCACGAGCUUGUGAAUGGCAACUCUUCCAACGAUCUGGAGGAGCUGGAAGAUGAAGACGACUCGGACACCAGCAGCCCUCCACUUCCCUACCUGCAAGCUCCUGCGCCGGAUGGCUGCUGCACCCUGGAUGGCUUCUGUCAGGCCGGGAAAGACCUCCGCCUAGUCUCCAUAGCAACAGAGCCCAUCGAAGUCCCAGCAGGCUUCGAGCUGGUCGGUGCCAAGUCCCCCACUGUUCCCGAGCACAUCUUGGUGUGCGCUGUGGACCGGCGUUUUUUGCCUGACGAGAAUGGGAAAAAUGCGCUUUUAGGUUUUUCAGGAAACUGCGUGGGCUGUGGUGAAAAGGGAUUCAGAUACUUCACCGAGUUUUCCAAUCACAUCAACCUGAAACUUUCCACACAGCCAAAAAAGCAGAAGCACUUAAAAUACUACCUGGUGAAGAAUUCUCAGGGUGCUCUGUGCAAAGGACCCCUCAUCUGCUGGAAAGACGGUAAAACUCGUCAGUUUCUCAGCAGCGCAUCAACCUCCAAACCCGGCUCGUCGUCUUCUCUUAGCAGUAAAGAAAAUGGAGGUGCCAGCGGACACAGCUCCUCUCCUUUUUCCCUUUCAGAUUCUCCACCUACCAGAACAACGCAAGCAUCCGCUGUCUUUUUUGGGAACCAGGAAUGUAGUUUCCUCAAACCACUGGCCUCCACACCUGGAAACAAGACUCUACCAAUAGUACCCACAGCUCUUCGGGUGAAUGUGCCAACAAAUAGCCUGGCUGUUGAUGGGCGCCCUCCAUUACUCAGCCCCUCCCAGGUGUCCUUAGGGCCUCAAGGUCAGGGGUAUCGCACUGCUGAUUUAGGAGAUAGUCCUGUAUCGUCUGCUAUGAACUCUGGCCCUCCAAAGAAGCGCCACCGGAGCUGGCACCCCAGCUCGUUGGUGCCAGUCCCGCCAACAGCUGUCCCCGUGCCAGCAAUUCGGCCAAUAGUUUGUUCUCCAGGGCCGGUAUUAGGAGUAGCCUCUCCUCAACCACCUGUAAUAGGCGUCAUUCAGCCCCAGCCUGUCACCAUUGGAGAGACGGUCAUCGUGCCCGACAACCUCCUCAACUCUGCAGGAGUCCGACCUGUCAUCCUCAUUGGCCAUGGCACUUUACCUUACUUCUAUGGAAAUGUUGGGGACAUAGUGGUGAGCCCCCUGCUGGUCAGCUGCUAUAAGAGCAGCCAACUGUCAGAUAAAACCCUGGAGGCUCUGGGCCUCAACAGCAGCCGGUUACUCAGCGUGGAGACGAUGAUUCUGCUCACUUUACAGUAUUUUGCACGUUUAGGUUCAGAGCAGAUUCCUCUGAGGGAGGAGCUGGAGCAGAUAGUCUUGAAGGCCAUGCUGUGCUGUCCCGGGGGACCUGCCAUCUCCCCCCUCCAACUACCCUGGCUGGCUCGGCUGGAAGCGAGCGUCUCUGGCGGCAGCGUCCAAGUGGUGGUCUCAAACAACUCUUUGGGCGAAGGCAUCUCUGAGUCGCUGCGCUCUCUGGCUGAGGGUCCUCAUCAACAGCAGUGCCUGCCAACCUAUGUGGUCAUUAUAUGCGCCUCUAAGAUGAGUGGCAGCGAGUUCUGUGUGAUUGUGUUGGGAAAGUAUCAAGCGCGGGCCUUAGCAGAAGGGAUGCUCACAACCAAUGAAUUUCUGAAGGAAAUCAGCUACGAGCUCAUCACGGGGAAAGUCAGCAUCUUGACAUCUCAUUUCAGAACCACCUCUCUGGGGGACAACCUCGACAAACAGCUGGUGCGAUACCAGCGUAGGCGGAAAGGACAGGUCAUCCAGCCCUUUCAGGGCGAUGUCACUGACAACAUCCACUCCCAGGAAGCUGCCAGCAUGUCACCACCAUCAGACUCAGAUCUUUUUACAAAGGGGUUCCAGAUCUAUCCGGCCCAGCUUAAUGUGGCUCGUAGCCUUCUUUCUCAAGUGUGCUCCAUCGCGGAUUCAGGGACACAGAACCUCGAUUUAGGGCGUUUUUGCAAGGUGGACUUUCUGGUUUUGGUCCCACCGUCUCACGUUCUGGUCCACCAGACGGCACAACGCAUCCGACAAUCAGGUGUACUUGUGGACCUGGGAAAUGAAGACCCCUCCACGGCCCACCUGAAGUCAGACAAAUAUGUGGUGCGUCUUGACGGUGAUGUUCACGCCAGGAUGGAGGCCUUCAUGAAGAAAGUCAAACAGAACCCCUACACUCUGUUUGUCCUCAUUCACGACAACUCGCACGUCGACCUCACAAGUGCCCUGUCAGGCUCUGUGUGCCACGGGGAGCUGCAGGGUUUGGCUGACCGGGUGGUGAACUGUCAAGAAGUCUUAGAUGCCAUGAACCUCUUGGUCCUGCAGGUCAGCUGUUUCCCUUACACUUUGCAGACCCGCCAGUCUCGAAUCAGCAUCCACAAUGAAGUUCACUGGCCGUCCACCGACAAUCUGCAGAGGGAGCAGUUUCCUGACGAGCUGGUCUACUUUGGCCUGAGGGACUACAGCAGAUCCCUGCAGUGGGGCAUGGCCAGUCCCAUCCUGCGCUAUGAUGAUGCGUUUGAGAAAAUGGUUCACACUCUGUUGGAAAGACAUCCCCACCUACACAGCAUGGUGAUCCGCAGCUACCUGCUGAUUCAGCAGUACACUGAGGCCAUGAUGGCUCUCACCUCUUCCCCGUCCCUGAGGGACCACAUAACUCCAGAGACCCUGGCCAUGGUGGAGGACUUGAUAAACGCUCCAAGCAGAGAGGGCUCCCAGGGCCAUGGCCACAUGCUGCUGGUCCGUAUCCCCUCGCUGCAGCUGGCAAUGUUGGCCCGAGAAAGACUGGAGGACGUGAGGGACAAGCUGGGACUCCAGCUGUGCUUUGCAGUGCUGCUGGGAAGUCCUGCGUCUGAGCUCAACCUGCACAGAAAUUUUACCAGUCGCCUCAGGGCUUGGCAAGGCUGUGAGAAUGAAGACUGGGUGCCACACACCUAUGAGGAUCUGGAAGGGCUGCCCUGCAUCGUCAUCCUCACGGGCAAAGACCCUCUUGGAGAGACUUUCCCCAAGUCUCUGAAAUACUGCGACCUGCGACUGAUAGACUCCAGCUACCUGACUCGUACAGCCCUGGAACAGGAGGUGGGUCUGGCAUGCACCUACGUAUCCAGGGUUGUUGUCCCUAAACCAAAGAAGGCUAUGGCCCCUCGGGAAUCGGAUGUGGAGAAGGUCGCCACCAGCUUGAAUGAUGGAGAUGAGCUGGAAAGACCUCAGAGCAACGGCAGCGCUGCAACCAGAACCUCUGGCUCUUUGGCGGAGAAUGGUGUCAGCUCAUCUGAUGUUGCAGACUCUUUCCAGAAACCCUCCACUUCCACCUCGCAGCCUGAAGGCAUGGUCACCAUAGACAUGGGUACAUCAACACUCGGAAUUAAGGAGGAGUGCGACUCACUGGGAACCCCGCUCUCUUCCGACCCUUCGAAAGCCUCCAAGGCUCCUCCAUCCCUCUACUCCAGUUCCUCAUCUUCUUCCCCCUCACCAUCUUCCUCCUCCACCCAGAGGCCCAGCCAGUCCACGCAGUGCGAUCGCGAGCCCACGAGGGCAUCACCGCGCACAGUCAUCUUGUCGCGAGCGGCUUACAAUCUGUUGUCGGGGGAGUCUGGGAGUCAGCUGAGCUCCUCCUCGCUGCUCCCUCACGCAGACGUGGCCUGGAGCAGUCCGCUGAGGCCCAUUAUCACUCACACCCUGCAGGGGACGGAGCAGAGCAUGUACUACCGCCAGUGGACCAUCGCGCGGCAGCAUCAUGCUGAUUAUGAAGCGCCAUCUGUGCCGCAUCCACGACGCUUGCUGCUCAGUGGACCCCCACAGGUGGGAAAAACUGGCGCCUACCUGCAGUUUCUGCGUAUCCUGUUUCGGAUGCUCAUCAGGCUGCUCGAGGUCGACGUGUAUGAUGAGGAUGAAGAGGAGGAAGAAAAUUCAGAGGUCACAACUCUAGUAAGUACCCAGUGGCCGGACAUCGAGGAAGUCCGAAAGCUGCCCUUUGACCCCAACCUCCGAGAUCCUAAAUUCAGGAAAGCCAGCCCUGUUUACUCUGACAAGAUGCUAAAGUCUUUCAAAGGUUGUAAGCAAGACGAAGAGAGCCAAACUCCAGCCACACGAGUGACCAAGUCGAUACGUCAGAGUAGGUUUGCUGCCCACAAUGCCUUUCAUCACUGUGACCAGUGCCAUCACUACUGUGAAGCAGGCGUAGCCACACAGCUGUCGGAGUGCACCUUUCAUGCUUUCACCUUCUGCUCGUCCAUGCUGGGAGAGGAGGUCCAGCUCCAGUUUGUGAUUCCCAAAUCUAAGGAGGAGCACUUUGUUUUCAGUCAUCAGGGCAGCCACCUGGAGAGCAUGCGUCUGCCUCUGGUCUCCACCAAGGACCCCGACCUUCUCAAGAGUCCAAUCUUCACCCCGACCACAGGACGCCAAGAACACGGCCUGCUCAACAUUUUCCAUGCCACGGAGGGCGCAGCUCAUCUGCACAUCCUCGUGGUCAAACAGUUUGAGAUGCCUCACUAUAGGAAGUACUGGCCCAACCACAUCUUGCUCGUCCUGCCCGCCAUGUUCAACAACGCUGGAGUUGGUGCAGCUCGCUUCUUGAUCAAAGAGCUGUCAUACCAUAACCUCGAGCUGGAGAGGAACCGACUGGAGGAGCAAGGUGUCAAGAGACAAGACAUAUGGCCUUUCAUUGUCAUGAUGGACGACUCCUGUGUGCUGUGGAACGCCCACCAAUCAGCAGAAGGAAGUGAGACAUCAGAUGGAGGCUCAUGUCUCAGCAACGUGUCUCUAAAAACGGUGCUGCAGCACAUGGAGAACACGCCCAAGAUCUCCCAGUACGCGGUGUGCGGCACACGCAAGUGGAGCAGCAGCCUGGCUCGCAGGUCUCCCAGCAAUCCCUUCAGUCGGUGUCACCUCCAUGAUUUUGUCAUGCUGAAUGUGGACCUGACGCAGAACGUCCAGUACGACCUGAAUCGGUAUGGCUGCGAGGAAGUGGACUUUAAUCUAAGGGUUAAUAGCAGUGGCUUGUUGCUGUGCCGCUUCAACAACUUCUUCCUGAUGAAGAAGCACAUUCCAGUUGGGGGAAGAAACAAAGAAUUCCUGGUCAAACCUAAACUCAUGGAAAUAGAAAACCCCGCUCUAAUCAGCCCGUUGCAGUAUGUUUGUGCACCAGACAGCGAACAGACCCUCCUCGACGCCCCGGCCCAGUUCCUACUGGAAAGGUUCCUCCAGAGCUGCAGUCACAGACUAUUUCCGAAAGCUGUUAGGAACAGAGACAACCCAGUUCUGUCCAUUGACAGCUACCUCAACCUCAGCCCGGAGAUCUCUGUGUGCUACAUCAACUCUCGUCCACACUCCACCAACCUGAACCAUCAGGGGCUGGUGUUCAGUGGCCUGCUGCUUUACCUCUGUGACUCCUUCGUUGUUUCUGGACUCCUGAAGAAAUUCGACUUCCUCAAAGGUGCCACCCUCUGUGUCAUCUGUCAGGACCGCAGUUCCCUGCGUCAGACCAUUGCCCGACUGGAGCUGGAGGACGAAUGGCAGUUCCGCCUGCGGGACGAGUUUCAGACGGCCAACUGCAGCGAGGAUCGGUCCCUCUACUUUCUGACCGGCCGCCACGUUUAAACCUGCUCAACUCUAUGCCGCUGCUGAAGAGACCCAAUCAGAACUGAGAUUUAGUUCCAGACCUGCAAUCAAAAUUUUGAUCAGGCAGAUGACAGGUCAGCAGGGAAAUGCUGGAGCACGAGGUGUGAGGACUACCUGACGCAGCUUUCUGUACUGCCAGUGUGCACUGUGCCCGACUCUAAAGAGGGUCAGUGAAUGUUUCUGACUUUCGCUCGCUUGUCGGCUUGUCUUCAGUUAAGCUUGUGUCGUAGUGAAAAAGACUUUGCUGUGAGGGGAAAAAAAGCACAGCUGAAACUGAACUUAUUUUGUUUUGGUGUUGUUUUUUUUGGACUCACGAUGGAUAAUGUGACUAUUUGAAGAAUGUAUUUUGAACCCACUUUGUCCAGUCCUGGAUGUUCGUGUUUAUCUCAGGGGGUCAGAGGGAGGUGGCUUUAAGGAGUUGAGUUACCUUCACCAUUCUCACAUGGGUACAAUGGAAUAUAUUUUAACAGGGACAUGGCAGGUUUGAGACCAUGGUAACAUCUGUGUUUGUUAAUGUGUGUGCAUCUGCAUGAAAACAGUUUAAGUUUGCCAUUAAUUUUUCUAAGCACCAAAGACGCCUUUAGCUGCACUUUUCCUUUUUCCUUUGCUUUCUUUGACCUUUCUCACCUGCUUUGCCUCUCAUAAUCCACAAAGCCCAUUUAUGUUUCCUCAUAACGUUACAAAGAUACACCCAAGAGUUUGGUCAUUAUUGGAUUUCAAGUCAUCAGGAGUAUCUGUACUGGAAGCUGUGAGAAUCAAACAAUAAUUAAGCACUAUUAAACUGCAUCCACACAGGAAGCAGUUUGCUUGAUUUGUUACCUAGGUAACCCACUAAUGAAUGGAAUCCUGCGUUCUCAUUGGUAGUUACUUCAAUUCCUUGCCUCAAAGUUGAGAACAGUUUAUCUUGGGAUUCAUCCAGUUAGCAUUGUCAGCAGGUGAAACGUGACAUGUAGUCACAUGACACAUUUCACUCACUUUCUUCGACGGUUUGUGGUCGCUACGCCGCUGUGAAUCAACAUCCACGCAGGAAGCGACGUGUCAACCAGAAACCAUAGAAGAAGUCAGUGACGUUCUGCAACUGUAGCCAAAAUAACCUACAGUGACAGGAAAUUUAGAGACUUUGAAAGCGCAUGAUACUGCUGAUUGACAUAUUACUGGGUUGUAAAUACUUUAGAGGGUUACCUAGGAAACCAGAGCUCAAAAUAUCUGCAAGCGAUGCUCGAUGAGAGAAUAGUUUCCAGCGUGGACACAGCUUUAGAUGAUCUGCCACAAUGUUUUUAUUUUUACAUGCUUUCUGUUAACGUGGACACUGAGCAGUUGAUAUAGUCGUAUGUUAUGACAGUAAUUUUUCACAUAGUCGCGCAAAGUGUACCACAGGCAAGCUCCCUCACUGCCAGCUGUCCUGCUACUGCCCGUGCCUGAGAUGUCACCUCCUGUUAUGGUGUCCUGAUUGUUUAUUGAAGAUGUUUGCUACCAUCCACUAAAGGGUGAAAAUUAGGUUUACGCAUAUACUUGAAAGAUGAAUGUUUUUAUAAGUUUCUGCACGUGGUUGUCCAAAGAAUAUGCCUUAAGCGAUGUUUCACACAGUGUCUGCUUAGGUUUUGUUUUGUUUUUGGACCAAUGAGAAUGAAGAAACCUUUUGACUGUGAGGCGAAAGAAUGUUGUUUGUCUCUGUGUGUAGAGAGAUCAAAUAAUUGGGUUUUGGACUACUGUACUGUUUAAAGCUUUGUUUACAUUAUUAAUAUAUUCGAUCAUCCCCUUACCCACUGAGGGUUACUGAUGUGUUUAAUGUUGUGUAAUGUUUGCCAGUGUAUUUUGGUGAUGUCUUUCUGCAUUUUUAUGUUGCAAAGGCAAGAAGAAUCUACCUAGAUUUGUCUUUUAUGAUGUCUUUAUUCCUUUUGGGGUUUUUUCUUUCUUUUUUUUUCUUUUUUUGAAAAUGAGAAUCAGGUCCAUGAGGAUUUUUUUUUAUUUAUUUGAAAAGCAUUUGGGACUGAUAAUCAUAUUGGAGUGUAUAAUUUGAUUGAGGCCUAAGUUCACUUGGGCCAAGGGAGCGUCCCCUCUUCAAAACCGGUCGCGAAGGCUUUGCACAAGACACAAACGAAUGAUUCUUGGAUCUACUGAAUGUCAUUGGGGGUUUUGCAAAUGUUGGACUUGCACUAUACAAGUUGCCAGCUUAAAGAAUUAUUUCCAUGCUAAGAAAACAGUUAUGUUCUCUAACCCCUAGAUUUAAUAUAAUAGUGAUGAUCAAAACAUUGGUCCGUAGAAAGUGUUUUUCCUCUUUGAUUUUAAUACUUAAUAUGCAACUUGCUCCCACAAUCUUAACUGAAAUGUGUUUGAUUACCAUGUGCAGCACAGUGGUAGCCUUGGUGCCUGGUUGAUCUACCUCAUGUUUACCAUUGUGGUUGCAGGCUGUGAAUAUCUUAAUGUUAGAGCCAUGCUGUUGUUGUUUAAAAUGUCUGAAUGUAAUAAAAUGGCAUCUAAACAUA